AAAAUAUAAUAUCCAUUCAUUGACCCACUUCCCUCUUCAUCAAAUCUCUUCCUCUCUACUUUCAACCACACAGACCUCCAUUGAUCCUAAUAACUCCUCUCCUCUGUCUCUCUGGAGUACUGUAGAUACUGUACACCAUUUGUGUCUGCACAUAGGUUUUGCCAAGGUUGCAAAACAUGAAUGACUACGAGUUCAUAAUCCGUAACACCAUCAAGUCACUUGUAGCCUUGGUCCUCUUCAUGGCGGUAUUAACCAUAAGUAGUACUACUACCACUUCUGCAGUAUCUCAUGAUGAUGUUCUUGAGUUUAUUCCAAUGAAGAAUUCGGCGGAGUUUCGAGUAAUGGACGUGGUAAGAGCUCACGACGAAGUACGAAGACGGAGGCUGGAGCCCUACCAGCUCUGCUUGGUUUGCAAGUGCUGCGCCGGCACGACAUGCUCCACCAUGCCUUGCUGUUUCGGCAUAGACUGCCAGCUUCCCGGGAAGCCCUUCGGGGUUUGCGCCUUUGUUCCAAAGAUCUGCAACUGUGUCAACUGUACAAGUAGUACUAAUAAUGCUAGUAGAACUCCUUGAAGCUAGUCAUGUCAUGUCUGUUAGAUCCAUCUUCCUCUUCGAUUUCGAUCUUGGAGGUGAAAGGAAGACGAAGAAUAGUAACAGGAGCUGAAAACUAUUGGGGUAGAGCAGAUCGAGCUGAGGUGCUCUAGCUAGAAUACAAAUGAUGACAACCUUGCAGUGUCAGAGAUAGAUUAGUAGUAGUAGUACCAUAGAGCUAGAAAAUAUUCGAUGUUUUACAAAUCUUUUGGAGCGUACGUCCUUCGUCUUGUAUAAAAAAUAUUGUUCACAUCACAUGGGAUACUUUAUACAUUGCUGAAGAUUAUGUACAUGCAAGUGAUGCAACCUCACUAUCUCAUACUAGUUGAUCUUGAAUAAUAUUGUUAGUUGUUCAACAGAUCAAUGAAGUUGUU